UAGAUAACAUGAAAACCAGAAGGAAAGGAAAGAGGCUCGAUCGAGGCCAUUCCUUAAACGUUUCUCUCUUGACCAACCGCCAAGAAUUCUUGCCUUUUCUCCCCCUCAGAGAGAGUAAUUAAAUUGUGGGUUCGCUCCAUUCUUUAGCAUGUUUUUCAUCGUUUCUCUUCUUUUUCUUCCUCAUCUUCUCCGAGCAAAUGCAGAAAACUGCGACUUCUUCCAAGGAAGUUGGGUUUUCGAUGAAUCAUAUCCUAUGUACAACUCCUCCAUUUGUCCCUUCAUAGAGAAAGAAUUCAACUGCCUGAACAAUGGCCGGCCGGACCACCUCUACCUCAAAUACCGGUGGCAACCUCAAGGCUGCGAUUUAGCAAAAUUUGACGGCCGUGCAUUCUUGCAAAAGUUCAGGGGAAAGAGCAUUUUGUUUGCAGGCGAUUCUCUGACCCGUGAUCAGUAUAUGUCCCUGGCCUGCUUGCUCUACACUAGCGUGCCGGGGACAAAUUACAACAUGACAAGAGUAGGCCUAAUCUCCACCUUGAAAUUCUUGGACUAUGGACUCACACUGAUCCUUGAUAGAAAUGCCUUUCUGGUGGAUCUGGUGCCAGAAAAGAUCGGUGUAGUUCUAAAACUAGAUUCAGUUGCAGGAAGUGAAAAGCUAUGGUCAGGUCAUGACCUGCUUGCCUUCAAUACAUGGCAUUGGUGGGGCUACAAAGGAGCUCAACAACCGUGGAAAUAUAUUCAGAUAGGAACAAGGCUCUUGAAAGACAUGGACCGGAUGGUGGCUUUUGAGACCGCACUUGAGACAUGGGCUAAAUGGGUGGACACAAAUGUAGAUCCUGCUAAAACCACCGUUUUCUUUCUUGGAGUUUCUCCAUCCCAUUACAAGGGGAGUGAUUGGAACCAACCUCAAGUGAAAAACUGUGCUGGGCAAACUCGGCCGGUGCCCGGGCCAACAUAUCCAGGAGUAUUGCCACCAGCUUUAGCAGUGCAGAAGAAAGUAUUGAGCGAGAUGAGGGUUCCUGUGAAAUUGCUGGAUAUAACCACCCUUUCUCAAUUCCGUGUAGAUGCACAUCCGUCCUUUUAUGGCGCUGCAACUGCUGCUGCUGACUGCACCCACUGGUGUAUAGCUGGACUGCCUGAUACCUGGAAUCAAUUACUAUAUAAUCUUCUUUAUUGAUAUACAGAAAAGAAAGCAAAAAAAA